AUGGACGUGUUCAGCGUAAAAUCUCCUAGGCAAUCUUAUCAUAUCAGUGACACAAAUGUAGUUACAUGGCUGAGAAGUGUUUCUCAUUUUAAUAACUUUCACUCUGUAAACCACUGGAAGAUUCGCGCUCGGCAAGAAGCCUAUCGGCCAACAUCACUUAAAAGCAGCUUUCCGAUGUCACAGAAGACCAUCGAUGCGAGUGACAGAAGGUAG